UACGAAUUAAGAUUUAUGUGAAUAUAAUUAAUGUGGCAGCACUGGAUUAUUGGAUCGAACUGUGUGCAAACUAAACAUGGUGCUGCGAAUGACGUGCACAACAUGCGAGACAAGAGUAUAGGUAUGUAGACCCAAAACUGUGAGCAGGUGUAGCAUACAACCUAACAUGUUCGGACAACCAAUGCAUAGAAUUAUUAAUUGCUACUAAAGUACAGAAGUUCGCCGCUGUGCCCUAAACAUAACGGUAAUGUGCACAUGCUUCCUACACAUUUAUAAAUGCGAUACAAACUGAACAAGUGCAGAUACAUAACGUACAUAUCCGGUAGCAGUGCUUGGUUAAAAAAAUUGUCGAAAAUAUAUUUGAAGUGAUAAAAAACGAAUAAUAUUCUCUGUAGUGUCCAGUAAUACUUAUAUGUACACACAGCAAAUAAAAGUUAAAAAUCUAGUUAUUGAGAUUUACGAAUGCAUAGAGUGCUUAAACAAAGUUAAUUUUACAUUCGUUUUCAACUUUUGCACUCUCAAAUGUUGUAAUGGAUAUAAAAAAAAUAUUUAUAAAACUUUAAGGAUUCGCUAUUUUUAUUUAAAUUUCGUAUACAACUAACGUGGGGAAAACUUUUUUUAAAUUGAAUUGACGCAUAAUUCACGCAAUCUUUUCCAAAAAAGGAAGCCUUUUAUGUUGAAGCAAGUUUUGCAACUUUAAUAAAAAAUAGAAAUUUUCUCUUGAAAAUAAAUAAAAGUAGCGACGCCUAAGAGCUAAGCAACAAGGCGCAUCGUUGACGAGGAUUUUUAUUUUUAACUGAAAUAAAAACAUUUUUUGAGUUGAAACAAAUCGAAUCAUGCAUGCAUACAGAUAUAAAUAAAUAAGAAAUAAAAACUAAAAGUGUGUUACUAAAUGGGCUAACUUCCGAAGGAAAUUUGUGCUUUCUUGCUGAGUUGUAAAAAUCAUGUUUCAAUAAAUAUCUAAACGAAAUAAAAGAGGAGGAAAAUAGGAAAAAAACAAGAAUUUGGAGUCGCGAAAUUUAUUUAGAUCGUGACCGUGAAAAUGUGUACGAAAAUUUAAUAAAGAAAUUGGAAGCAGAAGGUGAUGAAUUUUACAAAAAAUUUGUAAGAAUCACUUUUGUUGAAGAAAUUCAUCAAAAGGUUCAACCUUUGAUACGAAAAAAGUGCACAAAUAUGAGGAAAGCAAUUAGUAGUCAUAAUCGUCUAGCUGUCACUCUAUUCUAUUUGGCAUCAGGCGAUAGUUUCAACAACUUGUCUAUUGUGUUUAAAACUGCGCCGUGUACGAUUGGUAAAAUAAUCACUGACGUGUGUGAAGCUAUUUACAACAUACUAAAGAAGAUUAUUUGAAGAACCUAUCAUAAAUUAUUUUAUGAUUUAUUAUUUUAUUUUGGAGUGCAUUUAACUGUGCUGUGAUAAGAAUCAUUGACAUAGUACAAUUUGCCGCUUAGAUGUUCGAAAAAGAUUGGACCGGUGGAAUCAAGUUGGCUUAUACGGCCCGAAGGUAGUCAAAUACAAUUCAUAUCGCGAUUGCAAGAUCGCUUCUUGCCGCUUAACAGCGGAAACGCGUUCCCACUUUCAUUUCCUCGCCGCGGUUUGCGACACUUUUGAUGAUCGCCCGAUAUUUAGUCGUACAGAAUUGUUAAAACAUAUGCAAUGCUCUCGUAAGCAAUCCUAUUUGCAUUGUAGCAGCAGUCAAAUAGGAGUGAUUUGUAAAACAACAGAGACUUCGAACACGUCGACAAACGAGGAUGUUGGCUCGCCAGUUUAUCCAAUGCUGAGCGGAAGUAAUGCAACAUUGGCAUCAAUAACAAAAAUAUCCACAAUAGAGAAAACUAAAGACACACUCACAGACGUCGAAGCCUUCAACUGUAGAGUUUCAUAUAUGAAUUCUCUAACACAUCUGUUGAGGGCGGACAUUGAUCAGGAUGAUAGAGAUCAUCGAAAGUAUUCCAGCGAGAAGAUGCGACAUUUCCGUUGCAAAGAACACAUAAACUGCGAUUUUAAUUGUUGCAACAACAAAUAUUUAGCAAAAAAUGACCGAAAAUUGCCAAAAAAUACCCGAGCCCAGAAGAAUUUUGACAUACCUUCCCCACCUCUAUUUACUGAAAUCGAUGCCAAUGAUAGAAAAAAAAUUCCGCGGACCGUAAGAGAAUCUACCCAAAGCGAUAACAAACUUUUCAUCCGGCAACAACAAGAUCAACACAAUCUCUAUAUCUUAUACAGAAGGCUAGCAGCGAAACUGUUAUACACGUCAACCACGACAAGUGAAGCAUACAGCUUGACGCCGCCUAAUGCGAAUGGAAGAGCGAAUAGUGGGAGUAUCUUUUCUGAAAUCGAAACAGCUUAUUCGGAAAAAUUCAGCAAUAUCUUAAUACAACAACACGAUGUACAGUCUGCUAAUAGCUAUGAUAACUCAUUAAAUGAGAAUGCAUCUGAGCCACCAAAGCUGAGCUUCGACGCUACUGCUCUGCAGAAAUGCAAUCAUUGCAAUGACAUUGAUCUGGAUGAUAUAGACUCCACCAUACCUUUAACUAUGCCUAUGGAAAAGCGUCCUAUUCAAAUUACUUCCAUAGAUGGGUUUUUUAAUCGCAAACGUGGAAGGCCCCCAAAAAACCGCUAUGUUGAGGUAUACAAAAAUGCAAAUCAAUCACCUCAAGCUAUUUUCACAAGUUUUAAGCUGGAAAAAAAUGCAACGCCCAAUGACGGCAUCGCUUCAAUGAAUGACAAACAAAUAUUUGAUUACGGCAGUAUUUUUCAUAAUGCCGUUCGAAUGGUCACAAUACCUGCAACAAUAAACCCGGGAUUUGCGGCUAUUUCACAAUUACCAAUAGAUGCCACCACCGACAGCACUGUAAAAUUAGAAACGGAAUUAGACUUGCAGCAGGAAGCAAGAAGCUCGGUAGCACAAAGGCAUACAGAAGCAACAAUGAACACAGCAAUGAAAGGAGAGAUGGAAUCAUUAAAUAAACGGCACGAUCAACCCAGUCAACAUCGGAAUAAAGGAAUAUUGAACACCAAUGAUCUGGAAUAUAGAGAAGGAUAUAUUCACAUGAUUCCCGCUAGUCCUCAACGAACGCAAUUGAAAGAUAAUAAGUCAGUUGGCUUACCAAGCAUCAGAGAUAAGCCGCAGGACUAUGGAGACACAAAAUCACAAACUUUGAAAAAAAUUUCAGGUGUUCGCACUGUUGGCACCUUCUUUCCAGGAUGCAACGAAGUUUCUGGUAAUCCGAGCGACAACAAGUUACAUCAUGAAAACUGCUUUGACGGUGCAACAACAAAACCAGGCAUUUGGAGUACGCGGAACGUGAGUUGUAAACGCAAACGCUUACAAACUGACAAUAAAAAUAUGCCAUACGAGCCCAUAGCGAAAUCCUUAGAAGGUAAUGAGUUUAUUGUGCCCCAAGAUUUAAGUAUGCGCAUUAAGGAGAAAAAGCCAACUUCAUCGGAGUGCGGUCAUACCGAUACUAAUGUUUUAACCAAUAAUUCCAGUCGUAUGUCGAAGAACUGUGUUCAAAAAUGAACAUGUUCGUUGCUGCCAAAGCACUGACAACAAUAUUAUAUUUAAAUCUUUUAUAUAUUUCAAUGUUAAAUAAGAUAAGAAAUAAUCUAACUAUUGUAAUCAUACAGUCCACUACUAAUAGAUAUCUAUGUUCAAAUAUGUAUAUUGAACAUACGUACAAAUAAACACAUAAAAUAAAGGGUGAUUUUUUAAGAGCUUGAUAACUUUUUAAAAAAAAAAAACGCAUAAAAUUUGCAAAAUCACAUCGGUUCUUUAUUUGAAACGUUAGAUUGGUUCAUGACAUUUACUUUUUGAAGAUAAUUUCAUUUAAAUGUUGACCGCGGCUGCGUCUUAGGUGGUCCAUUCGGAAAGUCCAAUUUUGGGCAACUUUUUCGAGCAUUUCGGCCGGAAUAGCCCGAAUUUCUUCGGAAAUGUUGUCUUCCAAAGCUGGAAUAGUUGCUGGCUUAUUUCUGUAGACUUUAGACUUGACGUAGCCCCACAAAAAAUAGUCUAAAGGCGUUAAAUCGCAUGAUCUUGGUGGCCAACUUACGGGUCCAUUUCUUGAGAUGAAUUGUUGUCCGAAGUUUUCCCUCAAAAUGGCCAUAGAAUCGCGAGCUGUGUGGCAUGUAGCGCCAUCUUGUUGAAACCACAUGUCAACCAAGUUCAGUUCUUCCAUUUUUGGCAACAAAAAGUUUGUUAGCAUCGAACGAUAGCGAUCGCCAUUCACCGUAACGUUGCGUCCAACAGCAUCUUUGAAAAAAUACGGUCCAUUGAUUCCACCAGCGUACAAACCACACCAAACAGUGCAUUUUUCGGGAUGCAUGGGCAGUUCUUGAACGGCUUCUGGUUGCUCUUCACCCCAAAUGCGGCAAUUUUGCUUAUUUACGUAGCCAUUCAACCAGAAAUGAGCCUCAUCGCUGAACAAAAUUUGUCGAUAAAAAACAUUUCGAACCGAACACUGAUUUUGGUAAUAAAAUUCAAUGAUUUGCAAGCGUUGCUCGUUAGUAAGUCUAUUCAUGAUGAAAUGUCAAAGCAUACUGAGCAUCUUUCUCUUUGACACCAUGUCUGAAAUCCCACGUGAUCUGUCAAAUACUAAUGCAUGAAAAUCCUAACCUCAAAAAAAUCACCCGUUAUAUGCGUUGAUAUGCAGCAUACAAACAUAUAUGAGGCACGUAUGCAUUAAUAAGUGAUACGCAUGCACUCAAGAAAUACAUACUAAACAUAUUUACUUAGGUUUGGGCAAUUGAUUACAAAUGCACAUGUGCACUUGAAAACAACCCAAACCAAGCAAUAUAAAUUAUACUUGUAUGACAGCACACAAACACACACAUGUAUUGUAUUGUAUAGUUGAAAACAACCCCAUGAGAAAUAUUCAGAUGAAUAAAAAACCGAAUGUUGCAAAUACAAUUAUAUCAAUCUUUAUUAUUUGAUCGUUACUCUUAGACUAACUUAACGAUUAUCCAGGAUCUGUUAAACAAAGGUUGAGUUCAAACUUAAAAAAACUAAGUAUACAAAAUUAACAGUAAAUCUCAUUCGAGAGUGAGAGCGAGAAAAGAAAGAGGUUUGCAUAUUUAUAUAUAACUCGCCCUCCCAUAUUAAAUUCGAGUCCCAUCGAAUUCGGUAAAAAUAUAUUAGAAAAGGUAGACAUAAAAUUUAAGUUUGCUAUUAUACAUUUGAAAAUAAGAAAAAGGAUUUACAUAUGUAUGUAUCAUUUUACAGAAUUUAAUUUAACAUUUUAAUUACAUUGUAAAUUAUGAGUACCUACUUAUAUAUGUUAUUUCUAAAUUUCUAAAUAAUAUACCUAUAAAACAAAAUAUGGUAUACAUACAUAGUUUUCUAUUUAUAAACAUUUUUUUUUUUUUUUUUUUUUUUAUGUUUCAAUUCAGUUUAUAGGCUUUAAUGGCCUUCUGAACUGUGCAGUAUCUACUUUAUUGGGAUGGCUGUAGUGGUAUUUGUUAAACCUUUUAGCAGUUUUUUGUCUGCCUGCAGCAGGAUUUUUAAUAUAUAGAUUUUGACUUCGUAAAUUAAGCGUUACAUUUUCUCUUUUAAUGUUUUCUCUGUCAAUGGCUUUCUUUUUAUUUGUUUCAGAUCUCUCUUUAACUUCAUUUAAAUCUAUGUUUAUUUUAUUUAUGAAAUCUAUUGGCUUAAGUUUAGUUGUAGUAUGAAUUGUGUUGUUAUAAAAGUUUAUUGCUUUUAGUACCAAUUCCUCAGAGUCAUUAAUCUUUUCAGCGUUUUUUAUUAUUCUUAUGUGUUCUAAAAGAGUCGAAUGCAUUCUUUCCACAUCCGAAUUCCCGGUGUGAGAGUUCGGCGUUGUAAAAUGGGUUUCUAUAUUAUUUUCUUGACAGAAUAAUUUUAUAAGCGCAUUAUUAAAUUCAAUAUCCAUAACAAUUUUAUCAGGUUUUCCUAAGAACGCGAUUCGCCCUUCAAUUUUAGUUUUUACUGUUACCCUAUUUUUAUCGUUUAAUUUAUGUGCUGUCCCCAACUUAGUGAAUUUAUCGAUUGUUGUUAAAAAUGAAGUUUUUUGUAUUUGAAAAAUAUCUAUAUGUAUUAUUUGAUUAGGUUUUUCUGGUGUUAUAGUAUGUUGAAAUUUUUUAUUUAUGGGUUUUCUAUCGUAUUUAUUUUCAUUGCAAACUCUACAGUUAUUACAGUAUCUAUUUAUUAGUUUUAUUAAUUUCGGAUUAAAAUAGUUAUCUUUUAGUUCAUUGUAGUUUUCAUGAAUUCCUCUGUGGUUACCUUUCGUGUGAAUAUCAUCAAUGAUACUCAACAAAGAUUCCUCGGAUGCUACAUCACGUGCAACUUUAGUACAUUUUAUAAAGUUUAUUUUAAUAUUGUUAGAAAAUAAUUGUGUUAAUUUAUUUUGAAUUAUAUUGUAUUUAUUAUCUUCGAGUUCCGAGUAUAUACCAACUUUUCCAUUUUUUAACUCUCGUCUGAACAAAUCAUUCAAAUAAUGUGUAUUAUUUAAAUCAUUUUCAGACACGUAUAAUAUUUUAUAUUUUUUGAAAAGUAUUUCUAUUUCCUUAUGUUUAUUUUUUACUAAUCUAAUUUGCGUUCUGCAUUUGUUGACGAUUUUAUUUAUCAUGAAAAAUUUAUUAUUUAAACUUUCCUCCACACUAUGAACUUCAGCUAAAGGCGGUUGAGUCAGCUGCACUCUGCUCAAAAAGUCCGCCACGUUAUUCUCCUUGCCUUUUAUGUAUUCGAUAUCAAAGUAAAACCCGUCUAAUAAAAUUUUCCACCUGAUGAUUCGCGAAUUUGGGUCCUUAAGCGAAUAAAGCAAUUUCAGGGGCUGGUGAUCAGUUUGGACUAGGAACUUUCGACCGUAAAGGUAUGGACGAUAAUAUUUAACUGACCAUACAAUGGCCAACAGCUCCUUCUCUAACGUUGAGUAAUUUCGUUCGUGCCCAUUCAGAGUCCUACUGGCAUAACUUAUCGGUUUUCCUUCUUGGCUUAAUACCGCGCCAAUGGCUACGUUACUAGCAUCAGUAGUUAAUACGAACUUUUUACUAAAAUCGGGAUAGCGCAAUAAUGGCGGAUUUACUAAAAUAUUCUUUAACUUUUCGAAAGACUCAAUGUAUGAUUUGUCGUUAACAUCAAUUUUACUAUUUUUCUUCAAAUAUUUAAUUAUAGGAUUAGCUACUAAAGAAUAGUUUUUAAUGAAUUUGCGGUAAUAGCCGGUUAGGCCCAGAAAAGAUUUAAUAUCUUUAACUGUUUUUGGUAGUUCCAAAUUUUUUAUAAUACUUAUUUUUUCGGGGUUUGGUUUUAUUCCCGCAUUUGUUAUAAUAUGACCAAGGAAACUUGUUUCUUUAAAUAAAAUUUUACACUUAUCAAUUUGUACUUUUAGGUUAAAUUCAUUUAGUUUACUAAAUAUUUUUUGUAAGCUUUCUAAAUGUUCGGUUAAAGAUGUCGAAAAUACUAAUAUGUCAUCCAUAUAAAUAAUACAGAUUUUAUUAAUGAAAUCCGACAAAAUGUAGUUCAGCAUUCGCUGGAAUGUGGCAGGCGCAUUCUUGAGACCGAAUGGCAUUCGAAUGAACUCAAAAUGCCCCAUAGGAGUCGAAAAGGCAGUUUUUUCAAUAUCGCUAUCAUCCAUUAGUACUUGAUGAAAGCCCUUCGCCAAGUCCAAUGAAGAAAAAUACUGCGCCUUACCUAACUUAUCAAAUAGGGACUCUAUGUUCGGUAUGGGAAAUUUGUCGUCUACCGUAAUCUCAUUUAAUCUCCUAAAAUCUAUUACUAAUCGCCAUUUUUUUUCAUUUGAAUUAUCUGUUUUUUUUUUACUAUCCACAAUGGGGAAUUGUAAGGGGAUUUACUAGGGCGUAUUAUAUUUUCUUUCAACAUUUCAUUUAUUUGCUUUUCUAUUUCAUUCUCUAGGAUCUGUGGAUGUCGGUAAUUUUUGCAAUAAAUUAUUUUAUUAGAAUUAGUUAUGAUUUUAUGUUUUACACAAGUGGUUGUUGUUAAGUUUUGCCCUUUAAUGUAAAAUGUCUUUUUAUUUUUAUGUAGAAAAUUUUCUAAUAAUUUUUUUUCUUCGUUAUUUAAAGUUGUUGGUAUUAGCUCUUUAAAUUUAUCCAGCUCAAACUUUUCUAAAUAGUUUAUUUCCUCAUAGGAUAUAUUAAAGUUAUUAUUAUUUAAAUUUAUAUUAUUGUUAUUAAUUAUAAGAUUAUUAUUCUGAAAGUCUAUUAUUGCACCGAAAGGGCGUAAAAUAUUUAUUCCUAUUAUGCAAUCAAACUUUUUAUCGAUAAAAUUCACCAACUUAACGGACAUAGUACUAUUUUUUUCUUUAAAUUUACUUGGCACAUCAACAAUGACUUCUUCUUUUAUUAUAUUAUCACCAACUAGGGUAUGCAACAAAAUUGGUUUUAUUAAUUUUUUUGAUUUUCCUAGUUUUGAAAAGAAUGUGUAAUCCCCUAAGGUUGUAGCAGCGCUACUAUCGAUUAGGCACCUUGUUUUAAUAUUAUUUAUGGUUAGUGUGAUUAUGGGUAAUGAUAAUUUCGAGGCUGAACAGGAAAAUUUUCUGUAUAAUUUAUAGCAUCUAUUUCCAUUGACUCCAAAUUAUUAUUUCGGCUGUUAUUGUUUGACUGCUGAGGAUUUGGUUGGAAGUGACUAGUAUUGCGGAAAUUAUAAUUAUUACUUUGUGGGUAUGGAUUAAAAUUUUGGUUAUGGAAAUUUCCGAUAUUUGUACCGAAACUAUUAGGAGAUCAAGAUGGACGUGGACAUGUCUACAAUCCCAACACCAACUGUUCGGUCGGCAACCAACGGGGCACGUACUGGGCCUACUCCUCCGCCCCGCCCAACCAAUGCUACUGUUUCAACUGCCGCUUCUGGUAGUGGCUCACGAGCAGCCCCAUCAACACCAUCCGCUCAAGUCGAGCCGCGUCGCAUCCGAUGCCCGCUAUGUCGCCGGAAACAUCGACUACAGCACUGUGGGCUCUUUAAGGAGCAAACACCGACACAACGCCAGCGUGUUGCCCAGGCACAUGAGCACUGCCUCAACUGCCUGUCGCACACGCAUGGGACGCAGGAGUGUGUUUCUGCCGAUUUAUGCCACACGUGUGGCAGACCACAUCACACGCUGCUGGACAGGACCCCACGACGUGAUGUAGGUCGGCCAGCUACCCCAAGCACGGGUAGAUCAACGCAAGGAAAGCGGACGGUACGACGCCGAACUACUGCAGCUCGUCCUGUGCCCCAUCAAUGGCGUUCGCACCACGUUGCACCAACCAGGCGUCGUCCAAAAGCGCCAGAGCAUCGCCCCGCUACUGGACUCAGCAACGUAGUGGCAACUCUCCAGCAACUACAAAGAUUGCUAAGCUGAAUAUUCGCCUAGGGGGGCCGGGAUGGCUAAAUGAGAUCAGUUUAGUUCUUCACAUUCUUUUUAAAUUGAAAAUCCAUUACUUGUAAUAACCUUAUUCAAAUUUGUUGAGAUUUGUACAGGGAUUAAAAAGAAAAAUUGAAAUUAAAUCCAUACUAAAUUACCCUUGUAACUUAA